AAAUGCGUGCGAGGACUGUUGCUGCUCCUACGAACGAUCAUGAUGUCAAGAUGCAACUCAGAAAAUUUCGGGAGCCUAUCUGCUUGUUUGGGGAAGGGCCAGCUGAACGUCGUGAUCGUCUCAAGAUCAUUCUUGCAAGAAAGGAAGUCGAAGAAGGAAUAUCAGCCAACGAUAUUGUUUCUGGUGCUCGCGAAGACGACGAUCGAGACUUCCGUGAUGGACAAGUGAAGGAGACUUUCUAUACUGAGGGACCUGACGAGCUGAAAACUGCUCGGUUGUGGAUAGCUGAGUACUCGCUACCAAGGGCGAAGAGCAGAACGAUGAUAGCAAAGAGGAAGCAGGCCGAGCUCGAAACUUACAUCGCGAAAAAAGAGGCCAAGUUGAAGGAGUACGAAACGGCGAUCAAAGAGGGGAGAGAAAUACCGGAGGAAGACAUCGAAGAUACCCGCAUGGAUGAGGACAAUGAAACAGAGCAGGAGCACAACAGAUUCAUGGACAAGGCUGGAAAGUAUCGAAAUCUAGAUUUGUCUUCAUCGCAGAUUGGGGAUGCUCGACCUAUAUCGGGAUGUAGCUUCAGUCCUGAUGGACAGUUUCUUGCGACAAGUUCGUGGUCGGGAGUGGCGAAGAUUUGGUCAAUGCCAUCAUGCGACUUGAAGUUCACCUUAUACGGGCAUGCCGAGCGAUUAACAGACGCAAAAUUUCAUCCUCAGUUCGAUUCGGCGGCAGUAGGGAACACGGAAGGAAAGGGAAAGGUUGUGGCGGCUGCAACCAGCAGUGCAGACCUCAAGGUCAAACUGUGGAGCAACGACUCGUUCAGGGACAUCGGGACGCUGGAGGGGCAUGCAGGGAGAGUCUGUAGGAUCGGCUUCCACCCCUCCGGGAGGUACUUGGGGACAACAAGCUUCGAUAAGACUUGGAGAAUGUGGGACUUGGAGACGCAGCAAGAGUUGCUGUGCCAGGAGGGACAUUCGCGUGCUCUCUACAAUCUCGCGUUCCAGGUUGAUGGAGCUCUGGUGGCUUCUGCCGGGUUGGAUGCGAUCUGCAGAGUCUGGGAUCUUCGAACUGGACGGUCGAUCAUGACGCUGCAGGGACAUGUCAAGCAGAUCUUGGGACUUGACUUCAACCCGGACGGCGUCAAGAUCGCGACUGGCAGCGAUGACAACACCAUCAAGCUGUGGGACCUGAGGAAGCGAAAGGCCUACUACACGAUGCCGGCCCAUCCAAAUCUUGUGUCUGCUGUCAAGUACUCCAGCUGUGGAGAUUUCCUCAUCUCCUCCUCCUACGACAGGACAUGCAAGAUUUGGAACCUCCGAAACUUCACAGCGAUCAAGACUUUGUCAGGACACGACGAGAAGGUCAUGUGCGUUGACUUCGCGCCAGCUGGAGAUCUUGUGGUCAGCGCCUCCUACGAUCGUACCUUCAAGGUGUGGUCGACAGAGUGA